CCUCCUCCUCCUCCUCGCUCCAUCCUGUUUUUGGGGAAUGCAGGCUUAGCAGGAAGCAGAGGGACACCUGUAACUGAGGAGUGGGAUCCAGCUUUGUCCUCAGACACAAACAGACUGCAGCAGGAUCAGUGGAAGCCAGCCAACACAACAGCGUAAAGGUAGAGCCUGCCCGUCAUCCUGGGAUCUACCGAGGCUACCGGGGUGCCGGUGUCAGCCAUGAAGCUGAUGAACGGAGGAGGUGGAGGUGGAGGAGGUGGAGGAGGAGGAGGAGGAGGAGGAGGAGGGGGAGAGAAGACUGCCUUCUCCUUUAAGAAGUGCUCUGCCUUCCAGUUUGUCAAGAGAAAGGUCAGAAGAUGGAUGAGGAACCCCAAAGUGAGCGUGGAGAAGGCCCCGGGGAAAGGCCUGGUCUACCCCUGCUCCAAGUGCCCGCUGGCUGACGAGCUGUGGUACACACACUUCCCCUCGCCGUACGGCUGCUGCCACUACACGGGGCUGCACUGCGCUCAGUACUACCACCCGGAGCCGUGCUCGCCGUGUCCCGCCGGCGGACAGACCAGCAACCACGAGAAGAGCAAGGGAUGCAAGGUCAGGAAGUGGAAGAUGCUGGCGCGCCAUCACGGGGACAACGCCGGCAAGCAGAAGGAAGCGGAGUCCGACGUCCACCAGGGCUGCUGUCAGUCCUGGGGGGUCCACGCCUCGCCCCUCCUGGCCAGCCCCGUCAUGCUGGAGUGCUCCAUCUGCAGCGGACCCUACAUCACCUACGCCCUGGAGGACACCUGGCAGCCACGCCAACGCACACAGGCGAUGGACCUGUACUACCACAAUGAGUCAGACCCAGACAGCUACUGUUGCCCUGGCGACAACUCUUUUAUGAAACAAAGGAAGAUGGGUCUGAACGACUUCAUUCAGCGGCUUGCCACAAACUCCUACGCCUGCAAACAUCCCGAGGUUCAGUCUAUUCUGAACCUGAAUUCCCCUCAGGAUGCUGAACUCAUGAACACAAACCCUUCACCUCCUCCCAGUCCAUCCCAACAGAUCAACCUCGGCCCGUCGUCCAACCCUUCGGCCAAGCCCAGCGAUUUCCACUUCCUCAAGGUGAUCGGCAAGGGCAGCUUCGGGAAGGUCCUGCUGGCGCGCCACCGCACAGAUGACCAGUUUUACGCCGUCAAAGUCUUACAGAAAAAAGCCAUUCUGAAAAAGAAGGAGGAGAAACACAUCAUGUCAGAGAGGAAUGUGCUUCUAAAGAAUGUCAAGCACCCAUUUCUGGUGGGACUGCACUACUCUUUCCAAACGGCGGACAAACUCUAUUUCAUCCUGGACUACAUCAACGGAGGAGAGUUGUUCUACCACUUGCAGAGAGAGCGCUGCUUCCUGGAACCCCGGGCCAGGUUCUACGCCGCGGAGAUCGCCAGCGCUCUGGGAUACCUCCAUUCGCUCAACAUCGUCUACAGAGACCUGAAGCCGGAGAACAUCCUGCUGGACUCCCAGGGACACAUCAUUCUCACAGACUUUGGUCUCUGCAAGGAAAACAUCGAGCCUAACGGGACCACGUCGACCUUUUGCGGUACGCCGGAGUAUUUGGCUCCUGAGGUGCUACACAAGCAGCCCUACGACCGGACAGUGGACUGGUGGUGUUUAGGAGCUGUUCUCUACGAAAUGCUGUACGGCCUGCCUCCGUUCUACAGUCGCAACACUGCAGAGAUGUACGACAACAUCCUGAACAAGCCGCUGCAGCUGAAGCCCAACAUUUCCAACGCAGCCAGACAUCUGCUGGAGGGGCUGCUGCAGAAAGACCGGACCAAGAGGCUGGGCUGCACCGACGACUUUAUCGAAAUAAAGAACCACGUAUUCUUCUCCCCAAUCAACUGGGACGACCUCAACGCCAAGAAGAUCACGCCUCCAUUCAACCCCAACGUGACGGGACCCAACGACCUGCGGCACUUCGAUCCAGAGUUCACAGAGGAGCCGGUUCCCAGCUCCAUCGGCUGCUCCCCGGACAGCGCCCUCGUCACGGCCAGCAUCAAAGAGGCGGCCGAGGCCUUCGUGGGCUUUUCCUACGCCCCGUCCAUGGACUCCUACCUAUAGGAUUUAACUCGGACUCUCCAACAGACUCGACAUGACGCGUGCCAUGUCCACGGACUUGCAUCGUGACCCCCCGACCCCGUGUGUCCUUUUUUCCGAAUGAUGGAUACUCUCCAACCGAAUCCCGCAACAGUUCUGCACCUGCGACAAAACUUAAACAAUGUGUACUUGCCAUAUCCUCUCCAAGUCUUGAAUGCGUUUAAAAGCAACCUGCUGCAAAGAGGACGUCUGCCAUGAUCACACGGCCAGUCGGGGUUGUAAUGCUUGGUCCUAGAGUCCCCUCCAGCCUUCUGUAGUCAUUACUUGAUAGUGGAGAUCUUUUUGCACAUAGCUCAGGCAGCUUAAAAGCCCCCCCCCCCUCCUCGAACCCCCCCAACCCCCUAAAUCCUUAAAUCACAACUGACAAGCACAAGCACACACACACACACACACACACACACACACACACAAUCUUCCACUUUUUCUCUUAAAGAAGAAGACUGGAAUGGAAAGUCCUGCUCCAGCCCCGGCGGGGAUUUCUGAUUUCAUCUAUGUAGCGAGACGUCCCCCCCCCCCCCCCCCCUCGCAGGAGUCUUCCUGCCGCGCUGCGGGGACCUCCGCGUUGAGUCUGAACGAGCAGUGUGGAGAUGACAUUCAUCGUGGUGCUUUAGUUCCUUUCCAUUUUUAUUCGGGUCUUUUUCAAAAGGGAGUCACAGGAAGCCGAACGUUACGGCGGGGGACCUUUGAUUUCUCUCGAUGGUGCCUUUAGUUUCCUUUCUCUCCAUUAGACCUCACGUCAUUUGGGUUUGUCCGCGUCGUCGACUUUUUAUUAUUUUUUUUUUUUUUAAUUUUCUUUCUGUUUUCGACAACACCAGAGAGAAACAAUGUAGCACUAAAUCAGUACACUUGUCACUUAACAUGCGAGACGCACUCAGAUGAUGUUUUACACCUCCGUUUGCACAACGAAAACUGAAUUGCUGGUCGAGAGAUGAAAGUAGAGAGCACUGCUGCUAGCUGAGAGAGAGAGAAAGAGAGAGAGAGAGAGAGAGAGAGAGAGGGAGAGAUGUGUUGAGAAGUGUUCCCGUCGCCCUGCUUGUCAGCCACAUCCCCCCUCCAGCAGUCUUCCAUUCUCCUCACCGUAACACCGCGGCGGUCCGCAGACGUGCCCUCCACAUCGACAACUGAACAUUCCAUUUUAAUAUUGCUGUACUGCAGUUUGACGGUAUUUAAGUUUGUUUGUAUAUUUGGAGUCAUGUGUACUAGUUUUAAUGUAUAUUGAACAAGAACAACAACAACAAAAAAAAGAAUAAAACUAAAAGGUAUGCCUAAAUAUGGAUAUGUAACAAGUCAUGUUAAAUGUCAUGUAAAUUGUAAAAUUGUUUAAGAUUUAUGUGACCAUGUUUGGUUUGCAAUAAAAGUUUAACUUUAUUACAAC